AUGACGACUGAGACCCUAAGAGUCUCAGACGACUAUGAAGACAAGACGGUAACCUAUGUCCCACUUGAACCCAUAGAAAACAGAAUGAAUGAAGGCGACCCGUCAAGAUUAUUAAAGUAUCUGGAACCUGAAUUCAUCAAUGCCACGCCAGAUUCAAAAACAAAAGACUUGGGAUUUAUCGAACUUGAAGAGAAAGAAAAGCUAGAACUGGACUAUGACGAAGAUAAUGCAGAAAUAGCAGAAGCUGAAGCAGCUCAACAAGCUGCCUUGUUAGCUCCCCGUGAAUAUCAAUAUGAACUCUAUCAGAAAGCACUUCAAGAAAACGUUAUCGCAGUAUUGGAUACAGGUGCCGGUAAGACUUUGAUCUCAGUCAUGUUGAUAAAGCACAUGGCUGCUUUAGAAAGAGAAGCGCGCUUGACCCGUCGCGAAACCAAAUUGGCAUUCUUCUUGGUUGACCGUGUGCCUCUCGUUUUCCAACAAGCGAGUGUCAUCAAAGCCAACUGUGAUGUUGUGGUUGAAGCAAUCUGUGGUGAAAUGGAUGUUGACAAUUGGUCAGAAAAGAGGUGGAGAAUCAUAUUUGAAGAAAGUGAUGUAUGCGUCAUGACAGCACAAAUCUUUUUGGAUGCCCUUUACCAUGGUUUUUUGAGUAUUGAUCGAGCACAUUUGAUUGUCUUUGAUGAAUGUCAUCAUGCCACAAAGAGACACCCUUUCAACCUGAUUAUGAGAGAAUUCUAUGACCGAUGUCCAGCCGAGAAACGCCCCAAGAUAUUCGGAAUGACAGCCUCGCCAGUGCAUUCAAAAAAUGAUGUGGAAAAUAGCGUAGCUCAAUUAGAGAAAAACCUUGAUGCAAAAGUCUAUACAGCUUCGAAUAUGGAGCAGAUAACAACAUUCAAGGUUUUAGAAAUAACGGCGCUCUAUAAUCCAGCACCGAUAUAUGAAGAAACAGCAUUGACGGGCCAAAUACGAGAAAAGAUUGGUUCUAUUCCAAAAUUUAGUCGAUGUUUCACAGUUGCAAGAGACAUCCUUGCUCAAUUAGGACCAUGGUGUUGUGAUGUAACGUGGAAAUAUAUGCUAUCAGGCUUGGAAAGACGCGUAGCUCGACAGACGCAGGAUCUGGAUAGAGAAUCCUUGUUAGAAGACGACUUGGCUCUCAAGAAUGCUUAUGAGCUUGUUGACAACAUGGAGAUACCUCGUAAUCCUGAUAUAUAUGACAUUAGUCUUUUCUCUCCUAAAAUUACAAAGCUCCUUCAAAUUCUUCAAAUCAUCACGUCAGGCACGCAACAGUUCUGCGGUAUCGUCUUUGUAGAAAGAAAAAACACUGCAGUAGCUAUACAACUACUCAUUCAAUCCUUGGACUCACUUAGCAGAUUGAGAGCUGGUAUCUUGACAGGCCAUGGCUCGAGUGAAGAAGGAGACGUGCAGAUGCAUUUUAAGGAACAAAACAAGACGAUUCAAAAGUUUAGGACAGGCGAAAUCAACUUGCUUAUUGCUACCAACGUUGCCGAGGAAGGCUUAGAUAUCCAACCCUGUAACUUUGUCAUUAGAUUUGACUUCUUUCAUACAUUGAUUUCGUAUAUUCAAUCAAGAGGAAGAGCCCGUUGCUCUGACUCCAAGUUUGUCAUUAUGGCUGAACAGAAAAAUCACAACCAGACAGGCACCAUCGAUGACUUUAGAGCUCUGGAAAAUUCCAUGAAGCAGUUUUGUCAAGCCUUACCUGCUGACAGAAAUGUUGCAAACAAGUUUGGCGUUGGAGAUGACGGAUACGCUUCGGACGAAGAAGAUUAUGAUUCUGACGAGGACUUUAUGGAAAGCGCCAUUAUAGAUCUCGAAACAGGCGCAACAGUGACUAAACAAAAUGCCGUGCCUCUCAUUCACAGGUACUGCAGUUCAUUGCCCUCAGACAGCUUCUGUGUCUUGAAACCCAUAUUUGAAUACGUUGCCAGUGUGGAAGGAUACAGAUGCAUCUUGUCUUUACCAAGCAAUGCUGCUAUUCAGCAAGUAGAGUCGCCCUUCGUGAGAUCAAAAAAGCUCGCCAAAGCACUUGCUGCCUUACAAGCUUGUGACGAAUUGAAACAGGUAGAUGCUCUUGAUAAGCACCUUUUGCCUCGUAACCUGAAGAAGGAGAUUUUGGGUGAAAUGGCGCCUCAGUACGAUGAGAAUGGUUAUAUCAUUGGCAGUAGACGACGACAUGGCCUUUAUGAAAAACGUACACCUAAAUUUUGGAAAAGAAUUGUAGAGACAGAGGAGGACUUUGAUGUGGAACAUAACGAAGAUUUAUUAAAGGCCACAAGGAUAGCAAAUCACAGUACAGAAGCAGAUGAAAAAAAGGAUGUCGAGAAUGAAGGAUCUUCUCCCGUCAAGGUUACUGAAAUGGACGUAGAUGGUUCCACCAAAGAUAAUCCAAUAAUUGAAACAUUGUCUAAAGAAGUCUCUGAACUACAAAUUAAUAAUGAUCAUGCCACAGAGAACAACAAGAAAGUUCAAAAAGAUGAAGAGGAAACAGAAGAAGAGUUAGGCGAAGGUCCAUUUUUCAUGUGGUUUACUAUACUUGAAGUCGAAAUGGAGAACUACCAGUUUGAAGAGAGGUCAUACCGUCGUCUAUGUCUUGUCACAAAGAAGCCCUUCAUUACACUUCCGCAACUGAAACUGUUCCACAAGAGUAAACCAUUUGCAGUCAAUAUUCGUAAUAUUCAGACUGAGCUUGUCUUUGAUCGAGACACUGUUGUGCUUCUUUCCGAUUAUAUGCUCAAGCUGUUAAAAGAGCUAAUGAACAAAGAGUAUCACUGCCCUAUGAUCGAUAUGCCUUACUUUAUCGUGCCUCUCGUCAAGAAUUGUGAAGAAACAAAAUUCGAAGAACUCUCUGCUGACGACUUGAAGAACUUGGUUGACUGGAGUCAGAUUCAGGCUAUCGUAGAUCAAGCAAACAAGCCAUUGGAUCUUUCUGAAAUUGAAGAUCCUACUGAUAUUAUUGUCAUUGAUAAUUCAGACUAUUUCCGCCGGUACCUGGUGAAAACCAUUCGCUACGAUAUGAGCGUCCUCAGUCCAGUGCCUCAAGGUUACAAGAUCCAUGAAGCAUCUUAUGCUUCAUUCAAAGACUUUUAUAAUGAACUUGGUGAACGAUUUGCUAUAACAGAUGAUCAACAGCCCAUGAUUGAAGUUGAACGAUUCAAAAAGACAAUGAACUUUUUGUAUCCAGGAGAAACUAUGGCAGCUCAAUUAAAGGGGCCUGCACGAACCUUUGUUGUUCCUCAGUUCUGUACUCAGUACUUUAUAAAAGCAAGCGUUUUUGUAGCAAUGAUGAUGGUCCCAUCAAUUAUGACAAGAAUUGACUCAUUAUUGCUUUGUCAUGAUGCACGUUCUAGAUAUAAUCUACCGAUUACCGAUGAGUAUCUACUUGAAGCAUAUACCAUGCCAUCUGCAAGUAUGGAAAUGAACUAUGAACGACUUGAAACACUUGGAGACUCUCUCCUGAAGUUUAUUGCUACAAUUCGUUUAUAUAUCAACUUUCCUUUUAGUAACGAAGGCGAACUUCAUCACUUACGUAUUCGUGUUGUCUGCAACAGAGCAUUAUAUAGGGCUGCAAAGCGACUCAAGUUCUAUCGCUAUGUCACAAGCCAAGCAUUCAAUCGACGAUACUGGCGUCCGCCUCAUUUUACAUGCACUGCAGAUAAUCCAGAAACACUAGAAAUGAUCAACAAACAUAGGUUAUCUGACAAGACGUUGGCAGAUAUCGUAGAAGCAUCACUUGGCGCUGCUUAUUUGUGUAAUGGCCUUGAAGGCUGUCUCCAAACUGCCAUUCAAUUGCAAAUUCCUUUUGACCAAAUCGAAAAGUGGUCAGAUUUCAAUGUCGCCUUUGAAGAGUCUCGCAAGACGGUGCCAGCUCGUGCAGAAAGCAAGGCACUUCGUAUGCUCAACUUGCCCAAACUCCAAGCUCUUGUCGAACGCGAAUUCAAAAAGCCUUUGCUCCUUGUGGAAGCUCUAACUCACGCAAGUUUACCCAACUCCACUGCUCCAUGUUACCAGCGUCUUGAAUUCUUAGGUGAUGCUAUUUUGGAUUUCUUGGUCAUCAAGUACCUAUUUACCAAAUUCCCAGAUGCUGAUCCAGGUACAAUCACGACCUUGAAGGACUCAUGUGUUAAUAAUCAAGUACUGGGUAUCAUUUGCUUGAAUAAUGGACUUCAUAAGCAUAUUAUCCACUACUCUGGAAGGCUCGUCAGAUCCAUUGAAACGUUAGAACAAGAAGUGGAUGAUAUGAAGAAGGGUGGACAAGUAGAAGGAGAAUAUUGGAGAAACUUGAAUAUUCCAAAGGUCUUGUCCGAUGUUGUCGAAAGUAUGCUUGGCGCUGUAUUUGUGGACGCCGAGUUUGAUCUGGAACCCUGUUCGAGGUUAUUUGAGAAAUGGUUUGUGCCUCUCUUUAACGAGCAUGUCACUCCAGAGUUGAUACGUAUUCAUCCUAUGCGUAAACUACUUACCUAUUUACAGAAUUUUGGUUGCGAAAGUUUUAUGCUUAGAAAUCAUACCACAGGUUCAACUGGAUCAGAAAGUCAAAAAUGUGUCGUGUUCCUUCACGAUAAGCCUUUAGCUUGUGGUGCUGAUUGGAAUAUCAAAGUGGCUAGAAGACAUGCAGCAGAAAAAGCUUAUGAAAGAUUGAUGGAUGAACCAGAGUUAUUAGAAACUGUCUGUAAUUGUAGAACAUCACGUAUCAAGAGAGGUUUAUUGCCAGAAAGGGAGGUUGAAGAUGUGGAUGAUGAUGCUGACUUGUUCUAA